ACGGAACAGGGGUUUCCCUAAUGGGCUGAUGUCUGGGAUUAUUAACCGAAUACCCUUUUGACAUUUCAUUUCCUCAAGCAGAGUGAAUAAUUGAUAGUAGCCUGGUGUUUUGUUGCUUCAUCUAUCUGCUAUGAAACUGGGCAAUUUGAGGCUUCCUUUAGUUGUUUGUAGGUAUAAAGAAAAAUAACCAAUCCUGUGUCAGUUUAUGAAAUAUUUCCGCUGCCAAGUAGGCAACUAGUUGCGACAGGUGCGCACUGAGCGAGACCAGGAUGGGCAGGCGGGAAAUUCGCAGAGAACACCGCAGCAGCAGCAGCGUGAUGAGCACUGAAGACCGGUCAGAACGGAGGGAGAACAUGCAGGACACGGCAGAUACCGAAACCGGCGAUGAUGGCUCCGAGACCUCAAGUCUGGACAGCCGUCGUCUCCUCAGCGGGGACAAGCGUCCCAGCCACACCGGGGAAAGUGGCUCUAUGCCCGGCCCAGUGGAAGUGAAGAAGCACCAACAUAAACACAAUUUAAAACACCGCUACGAGGUAAUGGAGACGCUGGGAAAAGGCACCUACGGGAAAGUGAAGAGGGCGGUGGAGAGAACGACUAGGAAGACAGUGGCCAUCAAGUCGAUUCGUAAGGAGAGCAUCACUGAUGAUCUGGACAGAGUUCAUAUCCAGAGAGAGAUAGAAAUCACCUCGGCCCUCAAACACCCCUACAUCAUACGCUUCCACGAGGUGUUUGAGAGUCGUGAUAAGAUAGUGAUAGUGAUGGAGUACGCCAGCAGAGGGGAGUUGUAUGACUACGUCCAUGAGAGGAGGAGACUGGUGGAGACAGAGGCCAGAGACAUCUUCAGACAAAUCACCUCCGCCGUGCACUACUGCCACAUGAAUGGUGUGGUCCAUCGAGAUCUGAAGCUGGAGAACAUUCUACUAGACCAGGACCUGAACGUCAAGCUGGCUGACUUUGGCCUGUCCAACCACUUUAAGAAGGACAAUUUGCUCCAGACGUACUGUGGGAGUCCUCUCUACGCCUCCCCAGAGAUAGUCAAGGGACUGCCCUAUCACGGCCCAGAGGUGGACUGCUGGGCUAUGGGAGUCUUGCUGUAUGCGCUGGUGUACGGCAGUAUGCCGUUUGACGGGGCCAGCUACAGAGCGCUCACAGAACAGAUCAGCCAGGGACGCUACCGCAGACCAAAUCCUCCCUCAGAUGCCUGUGCCCUGAUUGACUGGCUGCUGACGGUGCGUGUAGAGGAGAGGGCCACGGUGGAGGACAUAGCCAACCACUGGUGGGUCAACUGGGGCUAUGAGGACAGUGUAUGUGACUGCCUCUCAUCCCCCCACCAGGACUGCCCCUCCCCGCUGCUCGCCCGCUACAUCGACUGGCAGAACCGGGUUGCCACGGCAACCAGUUGCCCGAGCUCUGACCCUUCCGCUCACCCUCACCCGUUCUACUUCAGCUUCCCCCUGAAGGGUGAUCGCGGGGGAGGGGGGAGGUCGAGGGGGGAGAGGUCAAGUUUAAGGAAGUCGCGUAAGGAGAACGCUAUCCCCCAGAAUGCACUAGGAGCAUGUAGUCCAGUUUGUACUACAACUGCCAUCAACACCACCAUCACUGCCGCCUUCAUUUCCUCUUCCUCCAUAGGCCAGGUCGAGAGGAAGAAACCAAAGGGGAUUCUGAAACCCCAGCGGAGCUUUGAUUCAACCUUCCUGCCCCCUCCUAGGAUGAUGGGGGAGAACUCCUCCUCCCAGCCCUGCAACCUGCCUCCCCAGCCCCACAGAGCUCACAGACACACUCACUCACACAUUGAUGGUCUGUCCACAAGCCUGCCUGCCCCCUCUAUGUUCUCCCAUUCCUCCUCCAAGAUGCCCAAGAAGGGGAUCCUAAAGAACCUGUACGGUGGUGAGUCAGGGUACUGCUCAUCCCCAGAGAGAGGUAUGUCUGGAGCGGGCACAGGAGUAGGAGGUAGAGGGGUUGAUGGAGAUAUGUGCUGCUCUUACGAGCCCCACUCCCGCUCCCCCAGCUCAGAGGACAGUCCAACGAUGCGGACGGAAGCAGUGAGAAGGAGGAAAGGCAUUCUAAAGCGCAACGGCAAGUUCUCACACAGCCUGGACCUCCCUGAUGCCCUUCAUCCCUCCUUAUCCUCAGCUCUGCCCCAUUUCCCUGAGGCCCUGCACCAGCUCCAUCAGGCCUCCGGGGGCAGCAGACCCCCCAGCGUGGUAAGUGAGGACAGCCUCCUCUCCUCCGAUUCUUUUGACCUGCUGGACCUCACGGCCCAAUCACGCCGCAGGAUCUUCUCCCGGGGCACCCAACGCAGUGCUUGCAGCUCAGAGGAGGAACUCGAGGACCCGAUGUCUGGAGGUCUAGACAUAAGAUGCUGA